UCCUUCUCCGUGGGGAUUCCUGUGUUGGUUUUUCUGACCGUGGCUCACUCUGAAGUGGAAAUCUUAGUGUAAACAAAGACCGGUCAUCAGCUCCAGGUGAGCUGUUCCUGUGCUUACCUGGGACAUGAUGAAGACGGGUUACUGUCGUGUUGUGUCUCAGCCGUACCUGGACGGCAUAUAGCAGGUGAAGAAAUAACAGUCUAGUCUGACUGAGCUCGUUAACACAGAGUUCAGCUAAAGUGUUGUUGAAUCCCAUUCAUUAGCCUGUUAGUGUCCUGAUGGUGGACGGACUGGACCAGUGAGUUUAUUCUAAACUCUUUUGUCGCCGUGUUAACAGUGAUCUGAUUUGUCAGUAGUACAGCUGUCAAUCAUGUGACAGGUGAACUGAACCAGUUACAGGUAACCCAGCUUCACUGUUGUCUGACUGUGCCUGUAACUAAACAGAUGAUCUGACUGUCCCAUCCACUCCCUGAUACAUCAGCUGUUCAGCGGUGAGAAGGACAUCAGUCACCCGUGGAGCUGCCACCUGUGGAGCUGUCACCUGUGGAGCUACCACCUGUGGAGCUGUCACCUGUGGAGCUACCACCUGUGGAGCUACCACCUGUGGAGCUGUCACCCGUGGAGCUGUCACCCGUGGAGCUGCCACCCGUGGAGCUGCCACCCGUGGAGCUGUGACCUGUGGAGCUACCACCUGUGGAGCUGUGACCUGUGGAGCUGUGACCUGUGGAGCUGUGACCUGUGGAGCUACCACCUGUGGAGCUGUCACCCGUGGAGCUGCCACCCGUGGAGCUGCCACCCGUGGAGCUGUGACCUGUGGAGCUACCACCUGUGGAGCUGUCACCUGUGGAGCUGUGACCUGUGGAGCUGUGACCUGUGGAGCUGUCACCUGUGGAGCUGUCACCUGUGGAGCUGUGACCUGUGGAGCUGUCACCUGUGGAGCUGUCACCUGUGGAGCUGUGACCCAGCAGCCGGGCUCUGCACUGCCAGCGUCCUCCUGCAGACGCUGUUUCUGAUCACAGGCCUUUCACUCCACCUGCAGCUGCUCAGAACAACCAGAAGCACACUGGAUUUCCAUCAUGGUCGACAGCUCGACUGAGUCCAUCACUCCACCUCAAGACUCAGCAGAAGACACAGUGAACCUGUUGUCUCUGCUUCGGUCUUGGUGGGUGUUUUGUUUUCAGCAUAACCUUUGGACAGCAGGUGUCCUCUGUGACCGGUGUUGUUCCGCUGAAGGAAGUGUUCAGUGGCCGUGUUCAGCAGAGGUUUUGCUCCGUCAGCGAUUUUUGGGAGCAGACAGAAGCUGAUCCACAGAUUAAAGGCAGACAAAGACCCGCAGCAGCCGCCACAACAAGCGGCGCUCACAUGGUUCAGAUGACAACACACAGCCCGUCCUCUAUAUGACAACAACACGCCAACGCCAAACUCUGCAACCACAGCGGCGCUGCACAGACACGCACCAGCAGCGGAUCACAUGAAGCCACAGACUCAGCCUCACACACACUUUCACUCCGCUUCAUCCAGGAUGGCUGGCAGGACCGCGCUGCUCAUCUGUGUGGCCGUUUUCAUCUGUGCAGAUGCUGAGGAUAAAUCCAGACUCUACAGGAGGCCUUCCUGUCUGGGGAUGAGCGUGACUCAGGCGUGUCCUCUGAAUUACUCUCCGGUCUGUGGCAGCGACGGCGUCACCUACCCCAACGAAUGCUCGCUGUGCGUCCAAAGACUGGAGAAAAAUGCUGACAUUCUGAUCGUGAAGGAGGGGCCGUGCUGAGGACGACAUCAUCGCAUCGUGACAUCAUCACGUCAUCACAUGUGUCUGUGACUUGUGGAAUGCAGUAGUUAGCUGUUAGCAUGUAGCAGUAGCAUGUAGCAGAGUUACACAGGCCAGGUGAUGUGUCAUGCUGUGUUUUAUAUGUUUCUUCAGUAAAUCUCUUCCUGUCUGA